GGUGAAUAUGGCAGCCGGACAAGUUGAGCUGAAAUUAAAAGGCCUCCUGGACUGCAAGAACUCUUGGAACAAACUUGACGAUAUCCGAAGAGCCUUUUGGUUCUACCGAUCGGCUGCAUCAGAAUAUGUCAGCAUGCACUGGGAUGAAGACGCUUUCUUCGGCUACCAGUAUGUCAAUGGGGUCAACCCAGUAACCAUCCGGAAGUGCAUGGAGAUGCCAACCAAAUUCCCUGUCACUCAUGAGAUGGUUGCAAAGUCCUUAGAGAAGCACACAACCCUCGACAAAGAGCUGGAGAAGGGCAACAUGUUUCUUAUCGACUGUCGGAUUCUGGAAGGCGUCCCAGCCACGGAGCUGAACGGGCGGCGCCAGCACAUCGCUGCUCCCCUCUGCCUCCUACACCUCACUCGUUGGGGGGAACUUGUACCUGUCGCCAUCCAGCUCACUCAGCAACCCGGACCAGAGAGCCCCAUCUUCCUGCCCAGCGACUCGGAGUGGGACUGGGCCCUUGCGAAGUUUUGGGUGCGAAACAGCACCUUCCACAUCCACGAGGUCCUCACUCACUUGCUUUACACACACCUGAUGGCCGAAGUCUUCACUCUGGCCACCAUCCGGCACCUGCCCAUGUGCCAUCCCCUGUACAAGCUGUUGAUCCCGCACACUCGAUACACGCUUCACAUCAACGUUCUCGGCAGGGUUCGCCUCUUUGGCCCUGGAGGGCUCAUUGAUGAGGCCACCGCCACGGGCUUCCACGGCCUGUCUCACCUGCUGGCCAAGGGCCUUUCCGCCUUGACCUAUUCCACCCUCUGCCUCCCCGAUGACCUCAGGGACAGGGGCGUCGAAUCCCUGCCCAACUAUUACUACAAGGAGGAUGGCAUGAAGCUCUGGGAAGCGAUCCACAGCUUUGUGUCUGGAAUCGUCAGUCUUUACUACCUGGAUGAUAUUUCUGUGAGGGAAGAUCCAGAGCUCCAGGCCUGGGUGGCUGAGAUUUUUGACAAAGGCCUGCUUGGGCGAGAGUCCUCUGGCUUCCCUUCACAUCUGGAGACCAUUGCUGAGUUAACCAAGUACCUCACCAUGGUGAUAUUCACUGGUUCUAUCCGCCACGCCAGCGUCAACAAUGGCCAGUUUGACUUCGGAGCCUGGAUGCCCAACUAUCCCUCGUCCAUGCGAAAGCCACCACCUAGGACCAAGGGUAGUGCAACUUUUGGGAGCAUCCUAGAGACCUUGCCAGACGUCAGCACAACCUGUAGAUCAUUACUAAUCCUUUGGCUACUCAGCAAAGAACCAGGAGACAGGAGGCCUCUGGGUUGCUACCCUGCUGAGCAUUUCACAGAAGAGGAACCAAAGCGAGUCAUAGCAACUUUUCAGAACCGCCUGGCCCAGAUCUCCAAAGAAAUUGAGGAGAGGAACAGCCGCUUGCCCCUCCCAUACAAUUACCUCAACCCACCAGAAAUAGAGAACAGCACUUCCAUCUAAGUGUGGAGACUCUCAGCCAG